CUCAAUCAACAAUCUUCCUUCAUUUCUUCUCCAUUCCUAAAAACCUCUCCACAAUGCUUUUGAGACCAGUUUCAUCUUUGUGUGUGCAAGCCAAGCAAGGGGAUAAUCUAAUUUGUUCCCUUAAGGGCUCCCCUGUAACAUCAUCAUCAUCAUCUGCUCUGAGUUUUCUUCCCAGAAAACAUGGAAGGGCUUUGGGUGUUUAUGCAUCCAUAGGAACCAACAAUCAUGCACUUACAGGGGUAGUGUUCCAGCCUUUUGAAGAGGUGAAAAAGGAGGAACUUGAUAUCCCAAUCGCUCCUCAUCUUUCGCUGGCUCGCCAGAAAUAUGCUGAUGCCUGUGAAGCCGCCAUCAAUGAGCAAAUCAAUGUGGAAUACAACGUUUCCUAUGUGUACCACUCGUUGUAUGCUUACUUCGACAGAGACAACGUUGCGCUCAAAGGCUUUGCCAAAUUCUUCAAGGAAUCAAGUGAAGAAGAAAGAGAGCAUGCGGAGAAGCUGAUGGAAUAUCAGAACAAACGAGGAGGAAGAGUAAAACUACACUCUAUUCUGAUGCCCCCUUCAGAGUUUGAUCAUGCUGAGAAGGGAGAUGCACUAUACGGUAUGGAAUUAGCAUUGUCCUUGGAGAAGCUGACAAACGAGAAGCUUUUGUGCCUGCACAAUGUAGCGGUGCAAAACAAUGAUGCUCAGAUGGCCGAUUUCAUCGAAAGCGAAUAUUUAGCUGAGCAGGUUGAAGCCAUUAAGAAGAUAUCAGAAUAUGUUUCUCAAUUAAGGCGGGUUGGAAAAGGACAUGGCGUGUGGCACUUCGAUCAAAUGCUACUCGACGAAGGGGCGUGAUGCUGCCCAUAAUCACCAUCUAAAUGCUGCAUCUUUCUGUUGUUUUAGUGCUUCACAGAUGUUCUACUAUAUAUACAUAUAUGAUGAGGGACAGGUAGUGGAGAAGAAUAAAUUGUUGUUGUAAAAUAUCUAUAUCUAUAUGCCAUUGUAGCAGCCCCUUAACAUUUGCCAUGUAAGAGACAAUAAACAGCUUGGUUUUUGAA